AAGUGUCUUUGUAAAACACUUCCCUGGCUUCCUGCAGUCAAAAACAGUACUAUAUUUCACAUUAUCAUAAAACCCUUCAUAGCUAGCAACAAACACCUGAUAAAUAUUCUCCUUAUAUUUUUUUAAAAACCUCGUAUAUAUUCUUUAACUAACAAAAAGAAAGUGUAAAAUGUGUGAUUCGGAUUCGGGGGAAAGUACCUCCUCGGCAUCAUCGCUCAGCUCGUUGAGAUCGUCCUCAUCCUCGGGCUUGAGUGAGUUUGUUGAUGCCAGAAUUGAGCUGCAGGACAUAUACCACGAUUUGGAUAGAUUUAUAUCUUCUCUCAUGACCACUGUGGAGGGGAGUAAUCUUAUGGAUGACUCAGAGGAGCAACAGCAAAUGGAGCAGCUUCGUUGCUACUCCAGCAAAGUGCAGGCCAUUGAAAAGGUAAUGUCCCGGGAUCGCAUGAAGGUGGCCUUCUUUGGAAGAACUUCGAAUGGGAAGAGUGCUGUGAUCAAUGCCCUUCUGCAUGAGAGAAUCCUGCCCAGUGCCAUGGGUCACACAACCAGUUGCUUUUGUCUGGUUCAAGCCACCACGGACGAAGAGGAUCCAGAGCAUGUGCGGGUCGAGCAGGAGGAUCAGCAGCUGGAGUUGGGUGCCCUUAAGGAACUGGCCAGUGCUCACUCUCCAAGAGCCAUGAAACCCAGCACUCUUUUGCACGUGAAUAUGCCCAGGAGUCGCUGUCGUUUGCUGGACUAUGAUGUGGUUCUCCUGGACACACCAGGUGUGGAUGUAACAGCUCAUUUGGAUGACUGCCUGGAUCGAUAUUGCAUGGAUGCUGAUGUUUUCAUCUUGGUUCUCAAUGCAGAGUCUACAGUUUCACGCGUGGAGCGGCAGUUUUUCAAGGAUGUGGCUUCAAAAUUGUCGCGACCAAAUCUCUUUAUACUAAACAAUCGCUGGGAUGUGGCCAGCAGCCAGGAACCGGAAAUGGAGCUACAGGUGAGGGAUCAGCACAUGGAACGUUGCCUCAAGCUUCUUAUCGAAGACUUGGGUGUAUACUCAACGGAGGAGAAAGCCCGGCAGAGGAUAUAUCAUGUCUCGGCUCUGGAGGCUUUGCAAUUACGAAAUGGUUGCAACCCAAAUCCCACUGGACAAACUAAAGAGCGUUACCUAGAGUUUCAGCGCUUUGAGACUGAUUUCUCCAACUGCCUGGCACAUUCUGCCUUAAAGACUAAAUUCGAGCAGCAUAUGCUGAGUGCGCUGGAUAUCCUGGCCCAGUUAGAGGCCACUUUGAUAGGUCCUCUCACCUCAAAAUUGGGCCAACUGCUGAAGGAAACUGGUGAGGAAGCAAAUAAGCUUUAUGCGGAAAUAAACAGCCAGGAGCUCAAAGUAGUGCAGCGGGGGGAAGAGCUUAAGGAUCAAGUGGAUGAUCUAUGCGAGGAAGCCCUGGAGAUGGGACAGCAGGUGCUAAGGGAUCAUAUCGCCAGAGUCCUUCCCUCGGCCGUGGAAUCCUUCUCGCAACCAUUUCAUCCCCAGAUGGCAAGACAACUCAGUCACUACCAGCGCUCCCUGAGUGCCCACUUGGAGGUUCUACUUGCAAACGAAAUCGUGGAACGUAUAUCUAUACCGCUGCAGGUGAAACUAGGCCAGCUGGAUCAGGAAGUUCAGGGUCAACCGUCGGAGGAAACUCUAGCUUGGCAGCUCAUCUACAGACUGGACUUUCAAUCCCUGAUGCGUGACUUUCAACCGGAUCUGAGAUUCCGUUUCUCCUGGGGCCUGGAUGCACUUUGUCAGCGCUUCCAAGGAAAGAUGUCUCUGUACGCCAGUCCAGUGCAAGAGCGGAAGCUACUCAAUGGCCACAAGGAGGUGACACCAGCUCCUCCUCCGAUGAAUGCAAGUCAACUGGAGGUUAUAACAUCUCUACUCAAGUCGGAUGGCUCCCUUGUAACCUUGUUCCUCGUUGGAGUUGCUAUACGUUCUUUGGGUUGGCGUGCAAUGCUGAUUAUUGGUAGCCUUUUGGGAUCCAUGUACCUCUAUGAGCUGCUCCGUUGGACCCCAGCUGCUCAGGAGCGAAGCUACAAGUUGCAAUACACACAGCACUUGCAACAACAUCUGCGGGCGAGAGUGCAUCAGACGGCAACCGGAUUCGAGUUCCAAUUCAAGCAGCAGCUGGUCAAGGUUCAGAACUUAUGGAUAGACGAGGUGGGACUCAUAAGAAUGAAUUUCAAUUCGAAGAUUUCAAAAUUAAAGGAGCAACUGAAAACGAUGCAGGAACUACAGCUGAAAUUGAAGGAGUUUCGUUCCAAGGGAAAUAUGCUGGCAAUUCGAUUGCGGGAAUUUCAAGAGCUCUAUUUGGCUAGCAGGGUUUAAAAUUAUGAGGGUUU